CAGAAGAAACUGCACACUGUACCCUCUCUUCCCUUUGCUUACAUUAUAUCCAAUUUUCGCCCAUUCCAAAGCCAAUUUUCACACAAACCCCAUCAAUUCUGACUCCCCCAUAACUCCAACAAAAUCCUCAAUUUCAGGUUAUUAAGAGAAGAAAUUGAAGAGCCAAGGGUGUGAGGGGUGUUGAGUAGUGAUUUUCUUUUUCCUUGUUUGAUAUGGCUCUUCACUGUGGUACUUUCUGCUUCUGGACUGUGGCUUCUCACCCUCCAAGUUCUGUCAAGUUGAGUCAACCCACUAUAAAAGCUUCCUCCUUUUCUUCCCCUCUUGCCCCUCCACUUGUCAAAUUGAAUGUCAGAGGAAAGGCUUUUCCUGGUGAUGGGACACCUGAAACAAAAGAAUCACCUCUUGUGGUUUGUUUUGGUGAAAUGCUCAUUGAUUUUGUCCCAACUGUUAAUGGCCUUUCUUUGGCUGAAGCACCUGCUUUUAAAAAGGCUGCAGGAGGUGCCCCUGCUAAUGUUGCAGUAGGCAUAUCCAGAUUAGGAGGUUCAUCAGCUUUUAUUGGAAAGGUUGGUGAGGAUGAAUUUGGAUAUAUGCUUGCCAAUAUACUCAAGGAAAAUAAUGUAAACAAUGAAGGGAUGCGUUUUGACCCUGGUGCACGAACUGCUUUAGCAUUUGUUACAUUGAGGAGUGAUGGAGAGCGAGAGUUCAUGUUUUAUCGUAAUCCCAGUGCUGAUAUGCUGCUCCAAGAAGAUGAACUUGAUUUGGACCUAAUCAGAAAGGCCAAGAUCUUCCAUUAUGGUUCUAUAAGUCUUAUAACAGAACCAUGCAAAUCAGCACACAUAGCUGCAGCAAAAGCUGCAAAAGAAGCUGGUGUAGUUCUGUCUUAUGACCCUAACCUGAGGCUUCCUUUAUGGCCUUCUGCGGAUAGUGCAAGAGAAGGAAUUCUGAGUAUAUGGGAGACUGCAGAUAUCAUUAAGAUAAGUGAAGAAGAGAUUUCUUUUCUUACAAAAGGUGAGAACCCAUAUGAUGAUGCUGUUGUUCAUAAACUAUUCCAUCCAAGCCUCAAGCUACUCCUAGUUACUGAAGGUGCAGAGGGUUGCAGAUAUUACACCAAGGAGUUCAGUGGUAGGGUCAAGGGAUUAAAGGUGGAUGCUGUUGACACCACUGGUGCUGGUGAUGCAUUUGUGGCUGGAAUAUUAUCACAAUUAGCUGUGGAUCUUUCAAUACUUCAGAACGAGGACGAGUUGAGAGAUUCUCUCAAGUUUGCUAAUGUAUGUGGUGCAUUGACUGUGACCGAGAGAGGUGCAAUACCAGCUUUGCCCACCAAGGAAGCUGUUCUGAAUGCCAUGCUUAAGCCCGUAUCCUAGCUUUACAGACAUACUCUCUGUAAUUAUGUUAAUCAAUGAAGAUCAAUUUUUUGUUUUUGUUUGGAGGGAAGUAUUUAAAUUCUUAGGAACUUGUGAGCUAGUGCAAUAAAUAAGAGCUGAUCGUUUCAAUAAUUUGGCAAAUGCUCAGUUCAAGCAAAAUUCUACCAAUCCAUCAUUGGGUAAUGGAGAAUCGUUCUCUAUGCAUCAAUUUAUACUAUUUGUAAACCUAGCUUCUAUAUAUUCAGUUCAUGGUUGCAUAUUGAACUUA